ACUAUUAAUGCAUUAUUUUGUUGUAACUUUCACUCAGAUGCUAAAUUUUUAUUUUUACCGUAAAAUAAUUUAGAAUACCUACCAAAAGUAGGAAAGUUAAAAUUUACGAUUUUGACCGAUUAUUAUCAUCCGAACACCCUCGAACACAAUACGAAGAUAGCUGUCUACGAAGUAGGUACGAAGUACGAAAAGAAAGAAGGGCGAUGUUGUGCACAGCCAGGGUAGACAGCUGUCGAACAAUUUUCAGCUGAUUUUUGUGUACGUUACAAGAGUCACUCGUUGUUCUUAUCUUGUCCUAUUUUAGUGUUAUUUGUCAAUUACUUGGUAGAUAUUAACCAUAGAGUGUCGCGAGAACAAUCGAGAAAGACUCACAAACGAACAAAGAAAAAUGGUUCAUUGAGUGCGGGUGGCGAGUAGCGAGCGUGACGUCACGCCGCGACGAGGCCGAUGCGGCGAGGAUCGUGACUGGAGGAGCGCGGCGAGCACGCGCAUCUGAGCGGGCCAGCCUGGCCUCCAGUGACUCCGGGGACGAGGGCCAACGGCCGCCGCGCAAGCGGACGCGCAGGCUGUCGCCGGAGCCGACCAUGCACCAGCCGUGCGCCAACGGCGCUCACCUCAACGGCGAUGCUGCCCAUAAUGGUGACCUGCCACUUGGCCUUCGCAUGGGCCAGACUGACCAAGAGAUUGUCCGUCUCAUCGGGCAACACUUGCUCUCUGUAGGAUUGGAGCGCAGCGCGGCUCUACUGAUGGAGGAGUCGGGGCUGCACCUGGAGCACCCGGCGGCGGCGACCUUCCGCCAGCACGUGCUAGCCGGGGACUGGGGCAAGGCGGACCACGACCUGCGAGCGCUGCACGACCUGCUGCGAGACUCGCCGCACGUCGACCCACACAACCUCGCCGAGAUGAAAUUCGUGGUGCUGGAGCAGAAGUACCUGGAGCACCUGGAGGCGGGCCGCGCGCUGGACGCGCUACACGUGCUGCGCAACGAGCUCACGCCGCUGCAGCACGACACGGCGCGCGUGCACCGCCUGUCCGCCCUCAUGAUGUGCGCGGACGGGGCGGAGCUGCGCGCGCGUGCGGCCUGGCCCGGCGGCCCCGCCUCCCGCGGCGCCGUACUGGCGCGCGUGCAACAGGUGCUGCCGCCGGCGCUGAUGAUGGCGCCGGGUCGGCUGCGCGCGCUGCUGUGGCAGGCGGCGCAGCAGCAGGCGGCGCGGUGCCGGUUCCACGCCGCGCCCCGCCCCGUCCCCGCCCUCGGCGACCGCGUGCCCUUCUCCCUGCUCGCCGACCACUCCUGCUCCGCAGAUGAGUUCCCGCUGCAUCCGCUACAGGUCCUCAAUGAGCAUUGUGAUGAGGUGUGGUAUUGCAAGUGGUCUCCGGACGGGUCAAAGUUGGCGUCUGGCUCUAAAGAUAAUACAGUCAUGAUAUGGGACUUCGAUCCUGUUGCCAAGAGAUUAUCAUUUAGGAAGUCUCUUGAGGGUCACUCGUACGGCGUGUCGUUCCUGGCGUGGAGUCCCGACGGCCGCUACCUCAUCGCCGCCGGCCCGGAGGACUGCCCCGACCUCUGGAUAUGGAAUAUGGAGACGGAGCAGCUGCACCUGAAGAUGACUCACUCGCAGGAGGACUCGCUGACGGCGGCGGCGUGGCACGCCUCCUCUGACAAGUUCGUGUGCGGCGGUGCGCGCGGACAGUUCUACCACUGCGCCCUAGAUGGUUCGUUGCUGAACAACUGGGACGGCGUGCGCGUGAACGCUCUGGCGUGCCGCAGCGACGGCAAGGUGCUGGCGGCCGACACGCACCACCGCGUGCGCGCGUAUGACUUCGGUGACCUGUCCGAUAGAAACCUCAUCCAAGAGGAGCACGCGGUGAUGGCAAUGACUCUUAACGCGGCUGACACGCUGCUGCUACUGAACGUCGCCAACCAGGGCGUGCAUCUGUGGGACAUACGAGCCCGUGCGCUCGUGCGGCGAUUCCGCGGUCUGUCGCAGGGCCACUUCACCAUACACGCGUGCUUCGGCGGCGCGCACCAGGACUUCAUAGCCUCGGGCAGCGAGGACAACAAGGUAUACAUCUGGCACAUGAACGGCGAGGAGCCGGUGGCGGUGGUGGCGGGUCACACGCGGUGCGUCAACGCCGUCGCCUGGAACCCCGUGCACCACGACGUGCUCGCCUCCGCCUCCGACGACUACUCGUUGCGGCUGUGGGGCCCGCGCACGCACCAGUCCUAGCCCGAUACAGGUGCACAUUCGCCCUAGACGGAGGACGGCGCAGGCCGCAGCGUGUGUGUUCGAUCUAGCCGGCUGACGUCGCGGCUGCGAGCACAUACCUACAGCCAGAGUUAUACCACUUGACCUCGACGCUGGUAUCUCAACAGUCAAACUAACAAACUUAUCAAAUUCAGUCGGGAGUAGUGUCUCUAUGAUUACGUAUUUUACAUGUUUUGUAUGUUACCUACUUCAUUUAAAAAUUUUUACUCCUGAUUAGGUUUAUAUCCCUUUACUAUAUGACACUG